AUGAGUAACAAGAAGUAUAGGAAGGAAGAGAUAGUCAUGAGGGUUGAUGAAGGGCAAGUUGAGUGUAUUCGAGAAGCAAUAAGCCUCAUGGUUCCUGUAGUAGUGUAUGGAGAAGUUGGAAGGAGUUUUCUUGUGUCUAGGAUGCACCGGGAGAUUGUUGGAGACAAGGGAGGAUUGGUGGAGAUUGACUCAAGAGAGAUAUGCGACUCAAGAAUACUAGGGGGAUUCUAUGGAGUUAAGGACGGAGAUGUGCAGUAUGUGAAUGGAAUGCUUGCGGAAUCGAUGCAAAAGGGAGAUUGGGUGUUAUUUAAACGGAUUGACAAGAAUGACGGAUUGUAUCAGUAUUUGAGCACUGUGCUGAGGUACAGAAGAUUGCUAUGUAGCGAUGGAACAGAAAUACGUGCACACAAUCAUUUUAGAGUGUUAUUUACAUCUGAUGAUAAAAUUUGCACUGAUGAUGCAGUGUGUGUAGGGCCUGUGGCGUUUAUGUUUGAAGAUGCUAUGAGGAUGUUUGAGUCUGAAUGUGUCCGACGACUUCUUUGCAAAGUUUUUGAAGGUAUAAGUGUGAGUACGAAUGGAUGGAAGUGUGGAGUUGAUAAGGGUGUGGAAUGUUUUGAAAGCUGCUGUAAGGUUGCAUGCAUGAAUGGGGGAUGGUGCUUGAAGGAAGGAUCAAAUGUUUGCAAGAUGCAUUUUACAUCGUUGAUUAGGAUGAAGAAGAGAUUGAAGGGAGUUUGUGGAACCAGUAUUGAUGAGAGGGUUAUGAUGUAUCAAGCGAUAUGUAAUGUGUUGCUGAAGCACGAGUCUAAUUCUUUGCGCUGUGCACUUGUUCUAUCGAUGGUUCCUGAUAUAGUUUUGCAUGGAAAUGAGCUUGCAAAGACAAGGAGUGUGGAGUGGGGACUUUUCAACAUUAUUUGGAAUGUGCGUAAUGGUGAUCAUACAUUGUUAGUUGGAGACACUGGAGUUGGUAAAACGUUGAUGGUUGAAUAUUUGAGCCAGAAGUCAUGCUUUUUUGUUGGGAUGCCUAGCAAGCUCAGAGUGGUGAACAUGUCCGUAGAUUUUGAUGGGAUGGAGCUGAUUGGGGGAUAUGGAACAUUGAAUGUGGAGCGAGAGAUUGAGGAGAUUGCUAGGAGUGUUGGAGCGAAUGCGCCUUUGGGAGAAAGCAACAAAGAUAAGCUGGAAUUUUUGAAGAAAGAGGAAUCAAUGAAAGUGAAUGCAAGUGAGAAGAUAGUUGGGAGGAUUGAUAAUAUUAUGAAUGUAGUGGAGAAGAAGGUGUAUUUUGUUUACAAAGAGGGAUUGUUAACUCAGUGCAUGAUGAAAGGAGAAUGGCUGUUACUAGAUGAGAUAAAUCUUUGCUCAGAAGAGACGCUAGAUCUGAUAGAUGGAGUCCUGGAGAAGAGGCAGAUAUUUUUGUAUGAAAGUGGAGAUUUGAAGCCAUUUGAAAUUCAUCCUCAGUUUAUGCUGUUUGCAUGCAUGAAUCCUGGAGGAGAUUUUGGAAAGAAGCGGUAUGAAGGGCCAGGAUUCAAUGCUGUGUAUGUGCAUGACUUUAGCACAUCAGCAAGGGAUGUGGAGUUAGUUGCACACUCUAUACUGAAGGGAUUGGUGAAUGAAGAAAGCAGGAGGAAGAUGUGUGAGUUUUUUUUGGAACUGAAGGAUAAGGUUCGAAAGGGAGAGAUCAGGAAUGAGAUUGAACCGUUGAUAAGUGGAAGGACGUUUGUAAGGGUUUUACGGUUUAUUAAAGCAAGAUUAAGCAAAGGGAUUGAGAAUGCAAUCUACGAUGCAUAUGAGCUGUUUGUGUUCACUCAGUUUGAUUUUGUCAGCAGGAUGAUUGCUGUAACGAUGUUUUCGAAGCACUUUGGAGAACGACGAGAGGAGGGCUGGAAGACAAAAGUAGAGAGUGGAUUUGUUCUAACACCAAGGAUACAAAUGUGUGUACGGACUAUGAAGCUAGGGAUUGAGUGUGGAGUUGCAUUGUUAUUGCAGGGAGAUACAUCGACAGGAAAGACAAGUAUGGUGAUGCACCUUGCAAAGGAGAUUGGAAAGAGGGUGAUAAGGAUCAACAAUCAUGAGCAUACAGAAGCAGCUGACUACAUUGGAGGAUAUUCAUCAACUACAGAGGGAAUUAAGUUUAGGGAUGGAGUUCUUGUGCAGGCGAUGCGAAGAGGAGACUGGGUGAUUCUUGAUGAACUGAAUCUUGCACCCAGUGAGGUUUUGGAGAUAUUGAACAGACUUCUUGAUGACAACAGACAGAUAUAUGUUCCGGAGACUGAUGAGGUUGUUUGUCCACAUAGGGACUUCCGGAUAUUUGCAACACAGAAUGUGGGAUAUGGAGGGAGAAAAGGGCUUAGCAAGGCAUUUAGAAACAGAUUUGUGGAGUUAUUUUUUCGAGAGACUGGGGAUGACGAGGUGCUUGAGAUUGUGCAUGGCGCAUCAAGACUUCCCAUGAGCUUCUGUAAAAAGAUGCUUGGAGUGUAUAGCGGACUGAAGACGAAGAGAAGUAUCAAUGUGUUGAUAACACUUAGAGAGUUGUUCAAAUGGGCUUGUAGAGAUCCUCGAAGUGCUGAAGAUGUUUGUUUUUUGGGGAUGAGCAUGAUACAUGAGAGGCAGAGAGGCGGUGAGGACAGGAAAAGAGUACAAGAGAUAUUUGUUGAAAGCUUUGGGGCAAAGAGCGUAGAGAGGUACUUGAGGAUGAUUAAUGGCGAUAUUAAUGAGAAAGAUUGUGGAAAUGUUUUUCUUGAAUGUGGAGUUUGCAGUUCCAAGACAUUUAAUUUGAUAGAGAAGAGAUGUGGAGAGAAGUUUGUGCUUACAAGGUCUUUUAGGAAACUUGUGAAUCUUGUUGUAUUGGCAUUGAAAAGCAAGGAGCCUGUGCUUAUUGUUGGAGAGACAGGGAUAGGAAAGACGAAGGUAUGCGAUGUGGUGAGUGAGUUAUUUGGCAGGAAUCUCCGAACGCUCAGUAUACAUGGAGGAGUGGAAAGUUCAGACUUUCUUGGAAGCUUUGUGUUUGAAGAAUGCAAGAUUGUAUGGAAGGACGGACCUCUUGUGAGAGCGAUGAAGAAUGGAGAGGUGUUUUUGAUUGAUGAGAUAAACCUUGCGGAGGAUUCGGUUCUUGAGAGGCUGAAUAGUCUAUUAGAGCCACAUCGAACGAUAUACAUAGCAGAGACAGGGGAAGAAGUAGUUGCACAUGAGAAUUUUAUGUUGCUUGCAACGAUGAAUCCUGGAGGAGACUUUGGAAAGAGAGAGCUGAGCCCAGCAUUAAGGAAUAGGUUUACAGAGAUAUACUUUGAGAUAGAAAAAGAUGAGGUCAUUGAAGUUUUUGACAGGAUGAUUGAAGUCAGACUUGGAGCAGAGUCAGGGAUUGGGUUACAAGAGAUAGAGGAAUUCAAGCAGCUGGGAAAGAGAGUGGAUGUAUCAGUAAGGAAGCUUGAGUUGAUGAUUGAUUUUAUAUGCAAAAGAUAUGCUGGCGAGUCUGGAUGUAUAAUAUGUAAAGAUGAAUUUAAUGCAAGACAAGUAUGGAAUGAGGCGUUGGAAAUUGUUGGAGAGAAGGUUAUGCUGGAUGUGAGAGUGAAGUAUGAGGAGCAUUCAGGGAUGUUCGGAGUGUUUCCGUAUUUUGCGCAGGAUGCUUUACCGAAUGAAUUUGACUUUGGAUCGCCCACAUCGGCAGUGAAUUUGAAGAGGAUUCUUAGAGCAAUGAGCCUUGGAAGGGGAAUUAUGCUUGAAGGUGAACCAGGGAUAGGGAAAACGAGCAUUGUUCAGGCGAUUGCAAGAAGGAUGGGUAGAAGAAGCAUCCGGAUAAACCUUAGUGAGCAUACAGAGUUGAGUGACUUAGUUGGGAGUUACAUUCCGGUUGGCGGGCAGAUUAGGUUUGUUGGAAGCGAGCUUCUUGAGGUUCUAAGAGAUGGAGGAGUAGUGAUUUUUGAUGAAAUCAAUUUAUGCACGCAGAGUGUGAUAGAAGGACUGAACUCUGUGCUUGAUUACCGGAGGAAGCUGUUUAUACCUGAGAUGGUUGUGGAUGUGAAUGAGAAGACGUUUAUUUUUGCAACGUUGAAUCCUCAUACAAGUAAGAAUGGACGCAAGGAGCUUCCGAGGAGCUUUCUUGACCGAUUUAUCAGGAUUAGAAUGGACAUGUAUGGACCUGUAGAUGUUGAUCAUAUUAUGCAUAGGAUUUAUGCAAAGCCUGCGAUAAUGAAAGAGUUAAGUCUUAGGGAGAAUAUUAGGUUGAACAAGAUAGGAAUUUUUGAAGAAAGGGAAGUGGAUUACAUGAUGGAUGAGAAGAGUAUAAGAGUAGGAUCAGUAAAAGUUAUAAGACAAGAUGGAAUGAAUGCUGAUGUAAUGCUUGAAGGGAGAAAUGAUGUAUUGAAGGCAAGUAGAGGAUUUGUGAUGAUACAUUCUCAGCUUGGACAGAUUGAAAAGAUUAUGAAGUGUGUUGAGAUGAGCAUUCCUGUGGUGAUAUCUGGGGGAGUAGAGAAAGAUUCGCUACUUUACUUUAUAUCAUGGAUGUAUGAGAUAGAAGUGGUGAUGUUUAGCUGUCAUAAGAACACUGAUGUGUGUGAUCUUCUCGGGCAGUACCAGAAGAAGGAGGAUGGGAUGUUUGAGUGGAGUGAUUCUGUGGUUGUGAAUGGGGUGCGUGAAGGGAAGAUGAUUGUGUUUUUUGGAGUUGAGCAUGUGGACAAAUCGGUCUUUGACCGGUUGAAUUCGCUUUUUGAGUCUGAACGAGUGUUGAAUGUGUAUGAGAAGGGGAUUGACACAGAUGUGGUUGUGAAUGAGAAGACCAAGCUGAUUAUAGUAACAAAGGAUGCAGAAGGGCUUUCGCCAGCGUUGCUUGAUAGAUGUAUGCAUGUGAAGCUAAGUAAUGAGCUGGACUAUAUUGAUGUGUGGAAAUUGUUUAUGAGGUCGCAAAUGAGAGUGGAAAAGAUAGUGCACAAGGACUUUGAAGGAGUUAAUAUGGAGAAUGUUGAAUGUGAUGUCAGGCUUGAUUUGCGACGUUUUUGGGUUUUAGGAAGAUGGCCGAAGGUUCUGAGCAAGUGCCUGAAUGGAGUAUUUAACACGAUUGAUGAAAACGAGAUACAGAGGAUGUUUAGAUAUGAAGAGAAGUGUAUAGAAGAGAAGAGUGUGGAUAUGGAUGAAAUUGAGUUUUAUAAGAAGAUUGGAUAUGAAGUAUACAGGCCAUGUAAUGAAGAAGAGAGGGUGAAUGUAUUUAGAGAAAUGAUUGAUGAGAGAAGUGAGAUGAGAAGAAUAGUGAUGUUUAUCAAAUCAGCUGAUUUUUGUAUUUUGAAGAGACUGCGCCGAGGAGAAGGAUGCAAUUUGAACUUUGCCAGAAGUGUGAAUGAUUUGAAGAUGAAGGUGAUUAGUGCGAUUGGGAAUAAGAAGUUUGGUGAUUAUGAACGGAUCAAGAGGAUCUCUAAAUGUCUUUCAGGUGCUCAAGAGGUAAAAAGUGUUGAAUUUGAUCAUUUUUUUAUGAAGUUGAUUGAGAAUGGAAGAGACGAUCCUUUACAAAUGCUAAAACAUGAGCUUGUGUUCAAUAUGAAUACAUUUGAGAACCGAAGUAUGAAAGAGAUUCAUGAUAUGACGAUACAGAUGUAUAAGUAUGGCAGAGGAAGUAUUGAUGAGCUGAUCAAGAGAUAUGAGGAAGGGAUUGCGGAAUACAGGAUGAAGAUUGAAGCGAUUGAACACCAAAUGAAAAGGGAUUAUGCAGGAUUUGUAAAGGAAGUUAAAAGAGUAGAUUUUUGUUCGUAUAUGUGUGGAGAUAGGAAAUACUAUGAUGCGUUUGCAGAUAUUUUUGAUUAUUACCUGGUGUAUUUGUUUGGAAGAUGGAUUAAGGGAGAAGGGUGUUCUGGGAUGUGCAAGAUGAGGAAAUGUAAUGAAGAAAUGGAAGACAAAAUAUGCAUGGAUGAAGGGAGUGUGAUGUACAGUACUUUAUGUUUGAAUCUACUUAAGAAUGGGAUUAAGGUUAUUGAUGAUCUUGGAUCUAUUGAUUGCAAGCAGUUAAAGGAUGGAUUUUCGAAAUACUUAUAUAACUUGUAUUAUGGAAAGCCAGUGAACAGAAACGACUUAGUUUUUGAAAGCAUUGUGUUUGAUGUUCCAGUGAGUGUUUGUAAGAAGGAUUGGAUUGAUCUUGGAUUGAAGUUUAAUGACGAAGACCUGAAUGAUUGCUUGAGACGGAUGUUUGAUGUUGAGAUGCAUGCAAGGGUUAUAGAAGAGUUCCGAGGAAGAAUAACCGCAGAUGAUAAUUUAGUGAAAAUGAUGAGCAAUGAUAUUCUAGAGAUGGGAAUUUUUACAAAGAUUGAAGAUAUUAUGGAUCAUGUGGAGAAGAAGAUUGAACAGAAGAAGAAGUGCCUGACUAAUUAUGACAAGGUUGAUAUAUGCUCUACUAGUGAAGAUGAGAAUAGUGAGAAUUUGAUUGUUAUUGGAGCAGAGAAGGGUGAGUGUAAUGCUGAAGACGAUCAAGAUGAACAGCUACUUAGAAGGCUUGAGAUACUUUACAAGGACUCAAGUGUAUGUGAGAUUGAGAGGAAUUACAGAUACUUUUUGUACUUAGUCAUAACACCUUUUACUCUUGAGGAGGCUGAAAGAUACUUUUUUGACUGUUGUGUGUAUGAGCAUGUAGAGAGGAUUAGGCAUGCACGAGAAUUUGCUAUUAGAAGCAAGAGCCCGAUGGUAUACAAUGCUACAUUGAAGUAUGUGGGAUUUGAGAUUGAAAAGAUGUAUGAUGCAAGAAUAAGGAAUGCAAAGAGUAAGCUUAGAAAGGAUCCUGGGUUGUAUAAGAAAACUCUUGCAGAGCUGAGAAGGUUUCUUGUUUUGCCUGUUACGAAUGUACUGAAACUUGAAUUUGAUGAGCCUGAUCCAGUGUGUCAGGGGCAUCAUCCUGGUAAGCAAGCAUUUAUUUUGAAAGACAGAGGAGAAUGUGAAUGCAAAGAUUGGAUUGAGUUAUCAACAAGAUUUGAUAGAGGAGAGAUUGCAAGAGCAGUUGCAGGACGAGCGAUUAAGAAGAAUGAGGUGAUUGAGAUAUUCUUUGGAAGACUACCUGUGGAUAUGUUUUCGUAUUCGGAGGUAUGCUUAGGAAAGGUGAUUAACCAGAUGGUUGAUGAUGCGAGUGUUUUAAGUCUGAUGCGAAUGGGAAUAGAGUAUCCGUAUGUACCUUUUUUGUACUUUGUGUUUAAUUUCUGUCGUGACGUGAGUGAUGUUGAGGAAGUAGGAGAAGGGAUGGAGACAGGACAAGGGAAUGUUAAUGUUAGUGAGCAAGUGAAACAUGAGGAUGAAGUUGAAGAAGAUUAUGGAGAUCAAGAGAUAGUGAGUGAGAGUGAUGGGAUUGAUUUUGAUAAUGAUGGAAAUGUGUCUACUGUGAGUGAUGUUUCUGAUCAAUGUGAUAGUGGAGUGGAUGGAAGCGAUGAAGAAGAGAAAGAAGAGAGCGAGAGUGAUACUACAGAGGCUGAGGAAGAAAUGGAUAAUAAAAUGGAGAUAGAAGAUGAGGGAUAUGGAACUGAAGGAUCUGAAGAUGAGGGAAUGGAAAUGUCAUGUGAGCCAUUAUUGGAAGAAGAAAUAAGUGAGGAUAAUAAUGAGGAUGAAGUUAGUGAUAUGGAGUGUGAUGAGAAUGAGAAUGAUAAUGAUCAGGAAGAAGAAGAUAGAGAUGAUAAGAUAAAUGGUAAGAUGAACGAAUAUAUGUUUGAAGAGUCGAAAGUGAACGAUAAUCAGACAUGUGACAGAGCAGAUAAUUACGAGCGUUAUGUGUAUGGAAGCAAUCCGAAUGAUAAGGCACUAUGUGAGGGAGAAGGGCAAGGAAAGAUAUGUGGAGAUUCUGAAUCUGGAGAAGGAGAAGCAGUGGAAGCAACAGUAAGAAUAGUGAUGAAGGAUGAAGAUUGCAACAGACUAACGAAUAUGUUGAAGAUGGUUAUUGAAGCAAACAAGAGCAAUAAGUAUAAGGGAGAUUUUAAAAGUGGAAAGAAGUUGAAUAUGAAGAGGUUGGUUCCGUAUAUUGCAAGUGGGUUUAGAAGAGACAGGAUAUGGAUGAAGAGGCAAAAGAGUGAGAAGAGGGAGUAUGUUCUCCGCUUGUUUGUUGAUAAUAGCAAAAGCAUGUAUAGUCAGGAAAUGAUUGAUAUGCUUCUGAGUUUGUACUCGAAAAUAAGCAAAUCGUUUUCUAUUCUUGGGAUUCCUGUUGAGGUAUACAAGUUUGGAAAUAGUUUGGAGAGAUGUGAAGUGAAGAGUAUGAAAUUUAAUGAGUCUCAAACAAGGAUUGAUUGGAUUGAAGAGUUUAACGAUGGAAUUAACGUGAUUCUUACGGAUGGACUGUUCCAAAAUGUUGGGAAGCAUCACCCGAACUUUUUAGUUCUAUUGAUAGACAAGUGCAAUGUGAGAAAGAUGUCGAAGGUGAUGGUUUCUGAAGGAUCGGUGUUUGUUCAGAAGUAUUUAGAUGUAUUUCCACUGAAGUAUUGUGUUAUUGGGAGGAUUGAAGAGUUGGAGUCGACAUUUGUAAUGGCACUUGGUGAGAUGUUGAAUUUAUGA